AUGGCUCCCCGACUUCCCCGCGCCGCCUCCUCCACGGCCACCUUCCUCCUCCUGCGUCCGUCCCUUGCCGCCGCCGGCCGCCACCACACCCUCCGCCUGUUCUCCGCCGCUUCCGAGCCUCUCGUUCGCGUCGCCAACCUCCCCGCCGCCGGCACCGGCCACAUCCGCGUCCUCGAGCUGAACCGCCCCUCCGCGCGCAACGCCAUCUCCAAGGCCCUCCUCGCCGCCCUGCGCGCCGAAGUCGACGCCGUGCACGCGCAGUACGACCCCUCCACCGGCGCCGAGCUCCCCCUCGCCACCGGCGCCGAGAACGGGCCCACGCGCGCCCUCGUCGUCGCCAGCGCCGUCGACACGUGCUUCUGCGCCGGCGCGGACCUCAAGGAGCGUCGGGGCUUCACCCAAGAAGAGACCAACGAGUUCCUCACCAACCUCCGCGCCACGUUCGCCGCCCUCGCCGACCUCCCCGUCCCCACCAUCUCCGCCAUCUCCUCCGUCGCCCUCGGCGGCGGCCUCGAGCUCGCGCUGUCCACGCACUUCCGCGUGCUCUCCUCCAACGCCGCCGUCGGCCUGCCCGAGACGCGUCUCGGCAUCAUCCCCGGCGCCGGCGGCACCCACCGCCUCGCCGGGCUCGUCGGCCUCGGCCGCGCGCGGGACCUCAUCCUCACCGGCCGCCGCGUCGCCGCGCCCGAGGCCUACUUCCUCGGCAUCGCCGACCGCCUCGUCGAGGUCGUCCCCGAGGACGAGCGCGACGGCGCCGCCGGAAUCCUACCGGCGGCGCGGAAGGCCGCGCUGAGCGAGGCGGUGCGGCUCGCGCAGGAGAUUUGCGAGGGCGGGCCGGUGGCGAUCCGCGCGGCGCUGCAGGCGGUGGCGUGGGCACGGCCGGACAAGGAGAACGAGAUGUAUGAGCGCGUUGUUGCGACCGAGGACCGCAACGAGGCCCUCAAGGCCUUCCAGGAGAAGCGCAAGCCCGUCUUCAAGGGGAGGUAA